AUGGCUACCUCUGUCCAGGAAAAGCGCGGCCAAGUCUGCGAUAAUUGCCGGUUCCGCAAGGUCAAGUGUGAUCGUGGUCUGCCCUGCAAGAAUUGCCACCUCGGAGAUCUCCGUUGUCAGUAUCGUCACAGCAUUCGAAGAAAAGGGCCAAAGCAAGGCCAAGGGAGACGACAGACCCAGCUUCGACAGGGUCUUGAAGCACUUGAUGCAUAUCAAUUUAGGAUCGUGACGCCGGGGGAUCAACCGAGUGCAGCACAGCCAAGCAAGAGUGAGCCACCAUCCCAAACACAAACCGAGGUCCAAACACAGUCACCAUCGCGUCUCGACUUUCAGUCUCUUUCAGCACCACAAGAUGUGAAUCUUGAAGACACAGCUCUUUACAUUGGACCAGAGAUACCGACAUUAUCCAAUGACUCUAUCUUCGAAACCGAAGACCUCUGCAAACGCAUGUCUCAAUCCCUCGCCGCUCACAUUCAGCUCUUCCAGAGAUUUCUCUAUCCGAUCAUGCCCGUGGUCGACGACGACAUUCUCGCCGACGCAUCCAGACUAGAUCAACUGCCACCAUCACGAUAUGCUCUCAUACUUGCCAUAAGUGCCGCGACGCGGAUGCAACUACGACUGGAUAAACGUGUUGACGGUUCCGACAAUGAUCUCAACGCGGAAAUUCCACCUGAACCAAGACUAGACGGAGACAUUCUGGUCAGUCUUGCGGAGAAUUCUCUUCGACAGUACAGCGUUAUUGAUGAUGCGACUCUCGACUCCGUUCUCGUUUCAUUCUUCCUUUUUGCAAGCUACGGGAAUCUCAACGACUCUCGUCAUGCUUGGUACUACCUCAAUCAGAGCAUCACUCUCGCUCAAGCGCUUGACUUGACGCGGGAAUCAGGCUACCAUGGAUUGCCUGAUGAAGAGAGAGAAAAAAGACGACGAGUAUUUUGGCUGCUAUUCGUAACAGAAAGGACAUUCGCUCUACAGCAUCGAAGACCAGUCAUGUUACGAAGCACCGUCAACAAACCCCAAGUCGUUGACUCCAACUGCCCAGUUGUCAUGCACGAUUUUAUAAACCACAUAAGCCUUUUCGAAUCCCUUCCAUAUUCAUUAUAUGAAUGGCAACCCGAGAACGACGACAGACGAUUCGAAGAUUUAAAGCUCGUCCACACCAUAAACGAAAAACUCUGCAAAGUCAAACCAGAGCAAUCAAUUAUCGAAAGUCAACGAUUCGAUACUCUUAUAACGCAGCAGUGGCUUCGCAUAUCUAUGUGGCGUAUUGCAUUUGGACAGAAUCCGUCUUCUGCAUCUGGCUUUGGGCUGUUGCUUCCUCUCGCUCUUCCGAUGGAUGCAGGCAAGAUCAUCAUGUCAGCUUUGGGGUCUGUAGGGACCAAGUCUAAAGACUGCCAUGGAAUUGGGAUGGAACAAAAGCUUUUUGAUGUCGGAGUGAGUCUUGCCGACACAGCUCAACUACCAGGCUGGACAUGCAACGCCCUAGAUAAUGGCCCUCGUGAUUUGCUCUCCGUAGUCAUCCAUGCUUUAUCCACCGUUCGAGGAUCACAAUCACACCUACUACCGAAUCUUCUCCGGCACUCAGAAGCGCUGUUCUCUCUGUCAGAUCCGAGCGCACAUAUCGAUCUUCAAUGGGAUAUGCUGGACGAGGAUAAUUGCAAGUUGGACGCGAUCGUGGAGGAGAUCUCGGAAGGAAGUGAAGAGUUUGCUGAGCCGUUGCCUUGGGCACCAGAGACUGGUCUUGAUUUGUUGGAUUUAAGCACUCCUACUGUGACGAGUACGUGGAGUGAGGCAUCAAUCGCGUGUGAGCAGUUUGAUCCCGAAAUUGGUCUGUCUUUUGAUUGA